CGAGAUGACGAGAUUGAUAUGCUCACCAGUUUUGUAGCUGAAGGUGCUGAUAUCCUGGCACCUUCGUUGAUUGUUCAUGGCUAUAAAGCUAUAGGCAAGACAACUACUGUAACAAAAUAUUUGCAAGCAUUAGAGGUAAAGCAUACCAUAGUUAGAUGUGAUGAAUGCAUUACGAGAAGAAUUAUGUACCAGCGAUGUGUUCGUGGCCUUGCUAGAGAUAGUGGAGUUCCUGUUAGUAGCUAUGGCGAAGAACUGAAAAAUCGGAUAGGUGAUUCUCUCUACAGUUUUAUUACAGGCCUACAGCAGUUUUAUGAAGACACAGAGUAUUCGGAGAGACAUGUCUUGGUUUUGGAUCGUUUUGAUCAGUGUAUGGAGCCAGUUCAUGAGAUCUAUGCUGGUUUGAUACGUCUUAGAGAGCAGACUAACAUUACUAGUUUAUCUAUAAUUUUCAUUACCACUGGCGACGACCCUAAAGAGAUUGCUACCUUGUCAGUACCGCAUAUUUAUUUCAGACCAUAUACUGAAGCUGAGGCGACACAGAUCUUACAAUUGAACCAGUUGUGUCAUUUUGGUGUGACCUUCUUGGACGAACAUAGUGCCAGCUACGAUUUCUGGAAACAGUAUGCGAAAGUUAUUGUAGACUUGUUCUUUUCGUUUGUUGGGUGCGAUAUAGCGUUGCUCAAAGACUUCUGUGUCAAGUUGUGGGACAAGUUCAUCGAGCCGGUAAUCGAAGAAACCUAUUCCAUCACGGAGUUUGUAAAAGUUCUCAGAUACAACAGUGAGUACUUGACAAGUGACAAUGUCAUUAACAACUCUAGAGUCCGAGUAUAUGGAGAAGGAAAUACAGUGGUUUAUGAAGAGGAAAAGUCCGAAGGCAAAGAAGGAGUUCAGGAUUUGCCGAUCCACUCCAAGUACCUUUUACUUGCUUCGUAUUUGGCAUCGUUCAAUUCACACAAGGACGACAUGCACAACUUCUCCAAGAUCAAGGCCGUCAAGUACAAGAAACGUGCCAGCUCUGCUGCUUCCAAAAGGGGCCAUUUGUCGAAAAGUGAUAUAGAUUCCCGAUUACUUUCCCCCUCUUAUUUUGAUCUUGAGAGAUGGUUGGCUAUAUUGUCUGUUGUCUAU